AUGGCUCUUCCCAAGGCCAAUUGCUCUUUUGCAAUACCCAGUGUCCACGACGGCCUCGAGCUCGACUGUCGAAUCUACUACCCGAGACGAAGUGAACAGAACAGCGAGUUAUUUGGCAGAGCCUUUGCAAUAUUUGCCCAUCCCUACGCGCCACUUGGAGGCUGUUACGACGACCCCGUAGUUGGCCUGGUCGGCCGCAGUCUAUUGAGAUACGGUAUUGUGUUGGUGACGUUUAAUUUCAGAGGGGCGUCGGGCUCGGCAGGGCGAACGUCGUGGUCGGGAAAGGCUGAGCUUGGAGACUACGUCUCAGUAUAUGGAUUUGUGUUGUGCUACAUCAACGCCAUCGUCCGCGAUGUGUCGCGUGUGGACAAUGCGGCCUCGAGAAUCGAUUCGGACUUCCUGCCUAUGCAGACCAGUCAAGGUGCGGCUGUAGCAGACACGUACCCGAAACCGCAACGACCCAUUCUGAUCCUUGGAGGGUAUUCUUAUGGAUCGAUGAUAGCAGCCCACCUGCCGUCCGUCGACGUUGUGGCAAGUAUGUUUAGACACUCAGAGAAAGGCUCGAUGGAGAGCGAGAUAGAUCUACGAGCUAGGCACUUGGGAAGAGACCUCAAGGCAUACUUCGACAUGCACUCUGUUGAUAUGGUCUUGUCGAUACCAAGUCAUAAUGACCCCGAUCAAAACACUCGUCCGAAUGAGAUGGGGUCACCCGGAUCGCGUCACAGUCGGAGCCAUAGUCGCAAUGUGACUAUGGGGGGUUACGAUUCGGACGCGGCGUCCAAGAAGAUCAGUCGAGAGACCUCCAGAAGGAGUAUUGAUGGGGAGAGGGUAAGGGAAGGGAUCGAAAAGCUUCGGCGAAAGUUGAGUCAGAGGGACAAUCGCAUUCAGAGCCCUCCACCUACGCCAGGUGCACAGCCUUCGACCCCAGCCAUAGAUCUGCCUUUGACCAUUCCAGCUAUCGCGUAUGUUUUGGUAUCGCCAUUGCUGUCGACAGUUGCUGGGUUCACUACGAUGUUCUCCAAGCUGAAGUUCGUGCAAAGGACCGCAGGUGGCAACGCGAACGUGACGGAUGAGUAUCAGGAACUUGUCAUACAUCCUUGCUGUUGUAUCUAUGGAACGAAGGAUCUGUUUACCUCGUACCGCAAGUUGCGAAGAUGGACAGAAGAGUUAGCGGCUCGGCCUGGGUCACAAUUUUUCACCGUCGCCGCUGAGACGGGCCAUUUUUGGCAGGACGCUGAAGGCGCCCUUCAUCUCCAACAAGGACUUACGGAAUGGUUGAGGAGGUCGAUAACGCAGCAUGGGAAGGCUGCGAAAACGGAGGGUAUUGACGAUACAGGUCCAACAAACACGAUCAAGGUUUAG